AACGCAAUCAGGAGGGCAAUAAAACAAAAAAAUAUCUUGACUGGGGUUUCAUACCUACAGCUGCCUGUUUCCCCUCUCUCAUAGUCCAUGGGAAAUGCCUUGUGAAUUGGUAAAACUCAGCCAAUUAUGGGUAUCUUGCCUGUACAUGUGUAGUAAGGUCUGAGGCUUUGAUUAAAACUGAGAUGAGGUGCAAUUCUUUAUUUCGCGAUCUUUGGAGAAGAAGAACUUUUCUUCCUUGGCUCCUUCUGAUGAUUUUUCCUACAGCUAUAUGUGAUUACAGAUGGUCUACCUGUAACAAUGCCUCAACUUACACAGACGGGAGUACAUAUUCUUCUAACCUGAAAAAAGUUAUCAAAGAUCUGGUUCGCAAUACACCUCAAAGUUCAGGCUUUAACACUACUACGCAUGGCCAGUCUGCGAACAAGGUCUAUGGUCUGCUCCAGUGUAUUGGGAAUAAAUCAACAGAAAAGUGUUCAAAUUGCUUACGAGAUGCAAAUAAUGCUCUGCAAGAACUUUGUGGUAAUGAGAUUGGCGGACAAGUAUGGAUGGAUUACUGUUAUCUGCACUAUGACAACUCCAAUUUCCUUUCCAAACUUGAUACCACCAUGCAUCUCCUGGAGAACGUGAAGAAUAUCGCAAACAAUAUGGAGGGUUUCAAGUCCACGACCUCUAAUCUCCUGAGGAAUCUGUCUGAUAAAGCUUAUGACCCUGCAAAUAAGGGAUUUGCUGUAGGAUCGGCCAAAUACUCAACUUCGGAAAGAGUAUACGGGCUUGUUCAGUGCUGGAGAGAUUUAUCCAUCAUGGACUGUAGAUCCUGUUUGUUUCGAGCAAGGGAAGCGUUGAAACAGUGCUGUUCUCCAAAACAAGGAGCUCACGCUAUGUCAGGAAGCUGCACAGUGAGAUAUGAGAUCUACCCAUUUUUCGACUUGAGAGACCCAUCAUCGACAUCCACACCUAGUACUGCGCCACUAGUCCACACUUCUGAGAAGUCCUCGAAAACGUUACCUAUAAUAAUGGGGCUUGUGGGAGUUACGGUUUUCGCGUUAUUCAUUUGUCUCAUUGCUAUGAGAAAAAGAUUGAAAUCUACUUUGCUCGGGAGUCCUGUAACUCUAGGUACCCACAAUAAAGAGAGGCAUAGAUUUUCUCCUGAAUCCGAGUUGCUUAUACAGGGACAAAAUUUUAUAUUCAGCUUAGGAGCACCGGCAGAAGCCACAGCAAACUUUGAUGACAACAAAAAGAUUGGAGAGGACGAUUUCGGUGGGGUUUACAAGGGAACAACUAGAGAUGGAAAAGAAAUAGCAGACAUCUGCGACGAGGAAGCCAUUGCUCCUUCGGUAAUGAAACCUCCAUUAGUGUACUGAAGUCCUGUUGAGAUCAGAAAACAAGAACCCAUGGAACUCUAUGCGGGUCUUAAAUAUGUAGCCCCUUUUGAUGAGUCAUAGGGGAGGUUGUAUUUUCCAUGUUGAAUGUGUUUCCGUUGCCCGCUAUCCUUCAAUAUGUACGUCAAUAUACAAUGUAAUGAUCUGCUAGCUGCUGUGUGUUCUAUAUACCAUUUUAUUCAAACUCCAGAAUGAUAAAUGCCAUUUUUACAA